AAUAACUACCUGCAAACUCAAAUAAAUAGAAAUUUAUGCGCAGAAACCGCCAGCGUUUCCAGUCGACCCAGCAAAGGCCCGUCCAUGAUUCAUGACACUGUCGCAUCCUUUUUUCCAUUUGGUUAACCACCGCCCAGGGGCGUUUCAGAGUACGUCGCCGGCUGUUGCAUCCCAUAUGUAUCUGGCGCAGGGCGCAUUUCUUUUUCUCUCAUUCUCGCUGUAGUUCUUAACCCCCCCCUGUCUUCCCCAGAACCAACUUCUUGUUGCCCUGCGCCCUCAAGAUUUUCACCUGAUCUUGUUAUCUGCUCCAGCUGCCCCUCAAUCGCCGAGCAAUAUUUCAACAUCAGCGCAUCAUCACAUUGUGUCCUGAGGAUUCUCUUUUUGCCAUAGUCAUUAUAUACAACUGAUAUCUGGCUUUUCGGAGUCCCUAUUUCAGAAGCCAUUUCCCUCUACUUGUUCAAAUCCAUCCUCUAGCCAGCCCUGCGGCUAUAACGUGAUACCCAGACAGUUUCUACACACAACAGCUCUACCCCAGCGUGGGUUUCCAUUUACCCGUGAAACGUGAAAUCCCUGUGUGAAAAAGAAGGAGAAGAAGAAGAAGAAGAAGCGAUUAGCCAGAUAUUCCUUAUCUUCUGACAGAACUGAGAUCUCAGAUAUACUCAGCACAAAUUCUUCUCAUCCUUUCUCAACUCCUAGAAUAUGCCCGGGAAGAGCCAUAAGAGGGACGGUUCGAAGAAAUCAUCAUCCUCUAGGAAUGCUGCCGUGGAUUCGACGCCUGCUGCCCCUGUUAAAUCUUCCAGUUAUUCCAAUGAGAACUCUGCCCCUAUUGCACGGCCCCGACAACGUUCCAAAACUUUUAUUAUCAAAUCACUGGCCGACAUUGCUUCAAAGGAACCUCCAACUCUGAAAGGAAGCUCGACUGAAAGGCCAAGUGAAGCGCAGCCUAGACAGCCGUCGCCAAACGUAUUUGAGUUUUUGGAUAAGGACGACUCAGAAGACAACAGUACCCGCUGGCCGCAGGCCACUCUGCUGCGACAGCCCUCUGCCACCUCCUCAGCGUCCCACGGCUCUAGACGAAAGUCUAGUGCGUCCUAUAGCUUCAACUCAGAUUCGGGGGUGUCAUUCAGAGAGCACAGCCCUGAUCGAGCUUCAUCAAUCUCCUCUGCAGAAUAUCAACCUGCAACACCACCUGAUAUCUCCCUGAAUACACUCAACUGGAAAUUUGCAGAUGAAUCCCAAACUCGCCGCCGCCUCAAUAUGGCUGGAGCGUACAUGACCGAUUCGGAGACAGUCCUGGAUAGCCCUACUUCCCCUAUUCCCGGAUGUUUGGAUUUCUCUACUCCUGAAUCAUAUUACACCCACGCGAAGCAUACAUUUCCUCAAUGCCCUCCAAACUCCUCUAUCCACCCUUCGUACCCGUAUCGUCAACCGAAUCUCGACAUGCGCAAAUUCAACAUGAGCACCAGCAAAAGGCAGCAGCGCACUUCCGUGGAGUCAGGUCCAAAGCGAAGCGAAUCGUCCGAUGACGAGCAUCCGUUACUCUAUCGCAAGUUUAAGUCGCUAAAUCAUCGCUUACUCCGUCAUCUCCAGGAAGAGAUCGCACAGAUGGAAGAGGAUCUUACCAUCCUUGACGAAGUUGAAGAAGUACGACGAGUCACAGCCAAUGUUAGAAAUGCCGGAAGACAGAAGCUGCUGGCGACAAAGUAUCAGGACCUUCAGUCUGAAGAAUUAUCUGUUCUUCAGCAGAGAAAGUCUGAGCUGGUGGAAAAGCUUGUGCCAAAAACCGAGCAAUAUAAUCGUGCUCUUUGCUCAUAUCGCGAGGUUUCCCGCAAAUUGCCCGCUGCCACCGACGAAGAAGUCGAAGCCUACCGUACCUGGAUCCACGAACAUUCCUCCACUACCAAAUCCGAUCUAAGAUUCCUUGCAAAUGACAAUGACCUUAUAUUGCUGGGGGAACGCCCAUCCACCCCCCGUACUCCCAAUCCUAUAUACUCCACGAUUGCUACUGUUUCAGCAGCCAUCCUAUUCCCGCUGCUGGCCUUCGGCGUUAUAUCUGAGUUCUUUGGACGCAUUGCCGUGGUCUCUAUUGUUGGCGGGGCUACUGCUCUGUUCGCUUCGAAUGGACCACCUGGCAAUGAAUAUUUGAUCGACCCAACUGAUGGAUGGAGAUGUGCUGCACUAUAUUUUGGCUUUAUGUCUGCCGCUGCCAUCAUUAUUUAACGACAGCUUACUUGUAACGAAUUACGAGUCUCUAUAUCGUAUUUAUGCUAUGCUCUGUGAUUCCUGUGAUUCCUGUGAUUCCUGCCUCUGGAUUUCUUCUCUAUUGUCUUCUUUCCCCCUCAUCUUGAUGGCGUAUUCGUCUUCCAUUUCUAGCAUCUCAGUCCUUCUCUUCAUGCAUUUUUUCCCUUCAUUGCAGUACAUAGCCAGCGACGCAUCUCAGCAUCAUCAGCGUUACAUGUUCUAUUCAUAUUUUCCAUAUCAAACGGCCACCACAUUACCAUAUAGGACUUUUUAAGUAUCUGUUGCCCACCAGCGAAAUACACAUGUAUAUAACCCGCCGGACUGGUCAGGACCGGUGGAAAAGUUGACACUACAUGUGUCUUUUCUUUUCCUUUCUUUCGUUUUAUUUAUUUAUUUGUUAUUUUUUCUAUGCGGAGUUAUAUUCGGGAAAAAGUGGGUGAGAAAGCGGGGUUGGAACAGAAGAAGGGGCAUCUGGGCAAUUUUCCUAGGGAUUAUGUUAUCGGUUGACUUAUUUUUCCUCUGCUAACUCUCCCUUGCAUUCAUUCUUCGAUCUUUCAAGUAACUAACCCUGAGCGGUAGAAUGGAAGUCUUUUUGGAAUCAUUUCUAUUUUCUUCAAAUACCCUCAUCGUGUUUCGGUUGGUGUAUGUCAUUGGUAGUAAAUAUCCCUUGAAAAUUCAAAUUGACAAACUUGAUUUCUGCUUCUAGAGAUACUAUGGCUGAGAUGCGCGUCCAAGUCUGUAGAUAAGCCGGCCACAAUUGCUAUGUACCCCCGAUAGCUUGCUGUUCUCAUCUGAACUCCAACUAAUAGGGGAUAGAAGAGGGGUAAAAAACAUAAUAGACGAGAUCAUGACUCCAUGCGAUAACGUAUAAUUAGUCUACAACUAUUAAAAGAAAAAAAAAAAAGGUCAAACCAAACGAACCCUAUAGUAUAAUAUAUAGCCUGCCCCAUCUGGCCCAUUUCCCAUCGCGCUCUCUUCAAAAAAUGAAAACUUACUUUUGAAUCAGAAUCACUGUGAAAAG